AUGGGCCCGAAGAAGAAGAAGACGAAGCCGACUGCGAAUCCGAGUCGGGGAUUUGCUACUACGUCGAUCGCCUCAAAGCCGAGAGCUGAGAACCCGGUGAACGAGCCGGUGGUGGCUGCAAGCCCUGCUGGCGACGGCAAACCCGCUGCCCCUCCCACCUCCGCCUCUCGCAACCCGAAUGCCCCGCCAUCCAAUCCCGCCGCCGACGCAAAGUCCCAAAAUCCGCAGCAAAAUGCCGCGUUGAGCCCAGAAGAAUUCGAGAGGCAGCUGGAGGAGUCAGAGCUGCAGCUUCUCGUCGAAAAAUACGCACAGAAAGCCAAGAACGACGCCCAGCGCUACUGGGCCAAGCUCGAGACCGACCGUCGGUUGCUUCGCGGACAGGCAGAGGCCCUCAACACGAGGAAAUGGCUGCCCCAGGAGCUCAUGGACCAGAUCUUGGACCUGAUACAGGCCGAAAGCCGCUUUGGUUCGUCCCCGGCGUCGGAAAAUACCACCGCCAACGGAGGCAAACUACUCCCCGAGGAAGACCUGGUUAUUAAGCUGUGGAUCCUACAGCAGACCUUGGCCAACACCGCAUUCCCCGACGACAAGGUUCAAGGUGCGCUGCAGUAUGUGCUGGACGUUGCCCCAAGCAUCAAUGGCGUCGCUAAGGAUAGUGUAUGGGGGUUGGAAGACGCGCUGGACUGGCUCGCUCGCGAAUGCACGAGGGACGAGUUACAUGACUACGACUACAGGGGCAAGAUCGCCAAGUCCCGAGCCGAUACCCCAGCGGACAGCCCCUUGCCCUCGGGCGUGAAUACGCCUCUUCUCUUGGAAGUCAACGCCGCACAGAAACCGCUCAGCUCCAAGAAUAGGCCCGCAGGUCUGAGAACGCCGAAUUCCAAGAAGCUUUCCGUCGUUUGCGACGACGAUUUCGAGCCCGAUGAGCUAAUCCCAGCCUAUCUCGACGCCAAGGCUAAGCUCUUCCAGCUUCAACGACCCCGGCAGGCUAGCAAAAGGGGGAAGUCGGCGAAGAGCUCGGCAUCAAGCGGUGCCAAAACCCCCGCCGCGGAAGCGCCGCCGGAGGAUCUAGAAGAAGCCAAGUUGCUAGCCAAGAUCGACAAGAUUGAGCAGGACAUCCUUUUUGAUAGGGCUUCCGCUGAGCAGCAAUGGCGUGCGGGUAAUAUACGACUGGAGAGGGAAUACACAGCCACGAAACAGGCCGAGGCGCAUGCCAAGAAAGAAGAGAAGGCGCAGCAGUUAGACGGCGACGGCGACGACGACGACGACGACGGCGUCACCAAAGAAGCCGAGAGAAUUGCUGCAGAGAUCCUGCGACAAAAUGACGACGAUGAUGAUGAUGACUUUCUCUCCGAUCUUUUCGCCGAUCUCCCAGUCCGAGAGACGGACGAUGUCACGGGGGAGACUCGCACGGUAAUCAACGGAGCAGACGGUAUCAAGGUUACGAUUCGUGACUUCGGCAAGCCUGCCGGGUUCAGCCCAGUGCGGAUUUUGGAGGAAACUUGCCGCUCCAGGGAUUCCGGGGUAAAAAUACAAUAUAUGAUGGUAUCUCAAACAACUUUUUCAUACCGUCACCUUGUAUCUAUCCAGUGGUCUAAACCCCAGGAGACUAUCCCGGCUCCCGAUAUUCCGUCUAUCGAGAGCGCCAUAUCCCCUCAGCAAUAUGUUUUCCGGAUGGUCUCGGUCGCGACGCCCGAUGCAAACCAAUCUGAGGCUUACGUCGCUACCUUGGCUCUUUUUAUCAUAUUUAAUUCCACAAGGGAAGAGAAGGCCUCCAUGAAACUUCCCCCGGCCUGGAGAGAGCUAUGGUCGGAACUUGCAGAGAGUAAGAAAAGUCGGGAAGACGCCGUCGACCGCUUGGCUAUCAAGGACCUUCGCGCAAUAGUUCGGCAGAAGCACGACCAAGAACUCGAAGACGGCGUCCUCCUUCAGGGUGCUUUCAGGGGCCGCGCCGCGCAGCGCAGCGCAAACGAAGCAGGUGACGAACCCACCACUGAUAGAGGAAAUGCUAGCGGGCUUGGUCCCGACUAUUUUCAAAAGAUCUGGGCCGAUAAGUCGAGCACUCCGAGAUUCCAAGCUAUGCUGCAAUCCCGAAUGCAGUUACCAAUGUGGCACUUUAGGGAUCAGGUUCUUGACGCCGUCGAGCGCGAACAGGUGGUCAUCAUCUGCGGAGAAACGGGCUGUGGCAAGAGCACACAAGUGCCGUCGUUCCUUUUAGAACACCAGCUUUCCCAAGGUCGUCCGUGCAAGGUAUACUGCACGCAGCCUCGACGAAUAUCAGCCGUCUCGCUGGCUCGUCGUGUCAGCGAAGAACUCGGCGAGGGGAGAGGCGAUUUGGGCACACCGCGGUCUCUGGUGGGCUAUUCCAUCCGCCUGGAGUCGAAUACGUCCAAGGAGACGCGGCUCGUCUAUGCUACGACGGGGAUAGUGAUGAGGAUGUUGGAAGGUUCCAACGACCUCCGCGAGAUCACCCACCUCGUCCUCGACGAAGUCCACGAACGAUCAAUCGACUCUGACUUCCUUCUCAUCGUACUCAAGAAGCUGCUCGUGCGCAGAAAAGACCUCAAGGUUAUCCUCAUGUCUGCAACUGUCGAUGCCGAGAGGUUUUCAAACUAUUUAGGGCGGGCCCCGAUACUGAACGUUCCCGGACGCACAUUUCCGGUGCAGGUUAGAUAUCUAGAGGAUGCUCUCGAGGCUACUGGUUACGUACCUGAUCAGCACGACCACGAGCAGACGAUAGACUUGGACGACGACCCAGCCGAGGCUGACGCUGAGUCUUCGAGCAAAGCUACUACGGCUGCUGUCAAAGAACUCCGCCAGUACUCGACCAGGACUCGCAAUACCCUCGCCCAGUUUGACGAAUAUCAGAUAGAUUUUGAGCUCAUUGUGCAACUCAUCGGUCGUAUAUCGGUUGACCCGGGCUACAUCAACUACAGCAAGGCAAUUCUCGUCUUCCUUCCCGGUAUUGCUGAGAUCCGGACCCUAAACGACACAUUGCUUGGGGAGCCUUUCUUCCAAAGAGGCUGGGAGAUAUUCCCCCUUCACUCCACCAUCGCUACCGAGGAUCAGGAGCGAGCUUUUCUCGUUCCGCCUGCUGGAACGAGGAAGAUCGUGCUGGCGACAAAUAUCGCCGAAACGGGUAUAACUAUCCCUGACGUAACGUGCGUCAUCGAUAGCGGGAAGCACCGCGAAAUGAGGUUUGACGAGAGGAGACAGCUGUCGCGCCUCAUCGACACUUUCAUAUCGAGAGCUAACGCGAAGCAACGACGCGGCCGAGCGGGGCGUGUCCAGGAGGGUCUCUGCUUCCACCUCUUCACGAAAUACCGCCACGAUAACCUCAUGACCGAUCAGCAGACGCCAGAGAUGCUACGGCUCUCCCUGCAAGACCUAGCCAUGCGCGUCAAGGUCUGCAAGAUCGGCGGCAUAGAGGAGACGCUAGGGGAGGCCCUGGAUGCGCCAUCGGCAAAGAACAUCCGCCGAGCCGUCGACGCGCUCGUCGACGUGCGAGCUCUAACCAAUUCCGAAGAGCUUACUCCACUAGGCUACCAGCUGGCGAGACUGCCUUUAGACGUAUUCCUCGGCAAGCUCAUCCUCCAAGGCGCAAUCUUCAAAUGCCUCGACAUGGCCAUUACUGUAGCCGCCAUUCUAUCUUCCAAGUCGCCUUUCGCUGCGCCGUUUGGCCAGCGAAACCAGGCGGAUCAAGUGCGACGGGCAUUCAAGAGAGGUGAUUCUGAUCUGCUCACGGUAUACAACGCGUACCUGGGCUGGAAGAAGGUGUGCCAGGCGUCCAACAACAACGACUUCCAAUACUGCAAGAAGAACUUCCUCUCGGCACAAACGCUCUCCAACAUCGAAGACCUCAAGGGGCAGCUCCUCGUGUCGCUGGUGGACGCGGGAUUCCUCCUGCUCACAGACGAGGAGAGGCGGACGCUUAGCCGCCUGCGCCAUUCCGGCCGACGACGCCAGUUCUACGAGCUCCCGCAGCGCGUCAACAUCAACAGCGAUAACGACGUGAUCGCGGCAUCGGUGAUCGCGUGGAGCUUCUACCCCAAGCUGCUAGUGCGCGAGGGCAAGGGCUUCCGCAACGUCGGGAACAACCAGAGCAUCAGCCUCCACCCCACCAGCGUCAACAAGGGGAACAUGGAGCUGCGGUGGCUGUCGUACUACCACAUCAUGAAGUCCAAACAGUUCUUCAACGCCCACGAAACCACGGCUGUCGAGAACUUCGCCAUCGCCCUUCUCUGCGGCGAGGUACGCGUAGAUAUGUACGCCGGCGUUAUCGUGCUCGACGGCCACCGCGCGCGCUUCAGCGUGCCGGACUGGAAGACGCUGCUAGUGAUCAAGGUGCUGCGGGCGCGGCUGCGCGACCUGCUGACGCGGUCCUUCCGCCGGCCCGGCAAGCUACUGACGGCGCAACAGGAGCGGUGGCUCGACGUGUGGCAGCGGGUCUUCAGCCAAGACCUCAGCAAGGCCUAG